AUGAAGGAUCGUGCUAUAGAGAAAAAGAAUAAUGACACAACUGAGAAGUCAGUAUUAACACCAAUGCCUCUUCCUCCUAAGCUUGAAAGAAACUCUUCUCUUGAUGCUGAACCUAAAACUUUAUCAAAAGAUGAAUUAAAGUUAGCAAGGGAUGAAGCACUCAAAAUCAUCAACACCCACUCAAAAGAAGAAGCUCUUGAAAUAUUCUUAGCGGGACUGAAGCCAGUGACAAGCUCAAAGCUGGCAAAAGAGGAUGAUGUUACCUCGUCGGAUUAUGAUGAUGAAUGA